AUGGCGCCCCUUGAAAUUGCUACAAAAACUAAUCCAGUACUUGUGCUACCAAGCUUGGUAAUAACAGACCACCUCGAGCGGACCAAGCUGCCCCUUUCGAUCGUGAAGACCUUUCAUGAAGGGCUUGCGCUUGCCCACAAGGCGUCCGUCAAAUUAACUCUCGACGAUGGGAAGAACUUGAAGAACCACGAAGUUGUCCAAUACUUUGCGGAGCUUUCCAACAGCACUCUUAAUGCUAGCCCGCAGUAUAUAUCGUCCAUUCAAGAAUGGAUCAAAAGAAGUGAGAGCUUCGCUCUAACGGACUUUCAAUCUUUGCGGAAACCCUUGGAUGAACUGAAUUCUCACCUGACUUUGCGAACGCAUAUUGUAGGCUACAGUCUGACUAUAGUAGAUCUGGCUGUGUGGGCAACCCUUCGCGGGAACAAGAUCAUUUAUGGUUCUUUCAAGAGGACCAAGAACAAUGUAUCUCGAUGGUUUCAAUAUAUCGAAGCCUCAAACCCCUGGAUCUCGGAAUUAGUUACGGAGUUUAUGACCCACACAACAAUGGAACGGGCUGCACUUAGCGCUGCUGGUGCUAGCUACGAGAUCGAUUUGCCGAAUAUCGAGGGCCCUAUGGUUACUAGGUUUCCACCUGAGCCAUCUGGAUGGCUCCAUAUUGGCCAUGCCAAGGCAUUGCUGCUCAAUGAUUACUUCGCCCAUAAACAUCCAGGUGGGACGUUGAUAUGCCGGUUUGAUGAUACAAACCCAUCGAAAGAAAACAUGGAGUUCCAGGACUCUAUCCUGCAGGACUUGAAAUCGAUGGAUAUUACUGCCGAGAAUACAACAUACUCCAGCGACUACUUCCAAGUAAUGUAUGAUUACGCACUCAAGCUCAUUAACGACGGCAAGGCCUUUGCGGAUGAUUCGGAGCUAGGAAACGGGGACGAAGAUCGGAAGAAUCGACUACCUUCUAAACGACGCGAUCUCAGUAUUGAAGAGACCUUGGAACAUUUUGCAGAGAUGAAGACUGGGUCGGAAGAGGGCCGACGAUGGUGUAUCCGUGCCAGAAUUGCGUACGAUAGUCCUAACGGUACACUGAGAGAUCCCGUUAUUUACCGCUGUAAUCUCAUUCCACAUCAUCGAACUGGCACUGAGUGGAAGAUCUACCCGAUCUACGAUUUCUGUGCGCCAAUAUUAGAUGCAGUAGAGGGAGUUACAGUUGCCCUGCGUACCAACGAGUACCGCGACCGUAAUGCCCAGUACGAGUGGAUGCAGGACGCCUUGGGUCUCCGUAAGGUAACGAUCUGGGACUUCUCGCGGAUCAACUUUAUCCGGACCGUCCUUUCAAAGAGAAAAUUAACCAAGAUAGUGGACGAAGGAAAAGUUUGGGGGUGGGAUGAUCCACGAAUGCCAACGAUUCGAGGCAUCUUGCGCCGGGGGAUGACUGAGAACGCCGUAUACUGCACCGUUCGUGGAAUCGAUGGCCCAGACACAGUCACCAAGCCGAAAUACGUGAAGAAUCUUGAACUGGGCUCGAAGAAGGUAAUGUACGACAAGACCAUAGUUCUCGAGCAAUUCGACGCCCAGAGCUUCGAGAAAGAUGAGGAAAUUACACUCAUGAACUGGGGCAAUGCGUACGCGCGCAGCAUAACCAGGGAUCCACCGGGCAAGGUUGUUACUGGGAUAGAACUUGAGCUACACUUUUCCGGUGACUUCAAGAAAACAAAGAAGGUCAGCUGGCUAGCGGCCGACAGCAAGAAUAUGGUCCCAGUCGACCUUGUUUCUUUUGAUUAUCUGAUCACGAAGGAUAAGCUUGAAGAAGACGACACACUUGAGGAUUUCCUCACGAAGGAUACCGAGUUUAGAAGCCAGGCUUUUGCAGACUGUAAUGUGGCGGAGUUGCCGCAUGGGGCAAUCAUACAGUUCGAACGCAAGGGAUACUACAAGUUGGAUGUCGCGUACAAGGGGGAUAAGUCAAGGAUAGUUUUCUUUGACAUUCCUACGGGGAGGGCUUAA